AUGCAUCUCCUCAAAGUCAUCUCCCUCACAACGGCCAUCGCGCCAACCGCCUUCGCCCAGUUCUGGCUUGGCACCACCCUCCCAACCUCCACAGCCGCCGACGAAUACCUCUCCCAAAUCAAAUCCGUCCCGAGUACCCUCACAGGCGCCGUAGCAACCUCCCUCGCGACCGCCCUGUACAGCGUCGACCAAAAGUACUUCAACGACAAGAAGUGGACGACGGUCUACUCCCACAUAUGGUCCGCCGCCGCCAAGGCCACCGACGCGCCCGACGUCGUUGCCUCGAUGGCGGUGAACGGGUUCAGGUUGCACACCCAGCAGGAGGCCAAGUGGUGGCAGGACAACGUGCCGGACAAGGACGACAAGUGGGUUUCUUCGUAUCUUUCUGAUUGGCAGAAAGCGUGGCAGGAUAAUACGGCGGCGACCAAGACUUCCAAGGGCGGUGCUGUGCCAAAGUGUACUGGGAUGGCUAUGGCUGGUGUUGCUGCUGGCGUGGCUGCUGGGGUUAUGGUCGCGAUGUGA